AUGGGCUAUGGUCCGGGAAAACGGUGGCGGCGGGGUGCGGCGGGGGCGGGGAGGGUACGUCGAGGGCGAGGGGACCGGGGGGGGGCCUGGAAUGGCGGUGGCGGGGGGGAGAGGGAGCGAGACCGCGGGGACGGCGGCCGGGGUCGGACAGGGGGCUGCACGGGUCGUGCGUGUGGCGGUGGGGGUCGUGGGGGCGGAAGGGGGGGGGGGCGGUGGGGCGCGCCGGGCGGGGGUGCGGUGGCGGGGAGGGUCCGUUGGCGAAGGGGGGGGGGGGUGCGGGCCGGGGGGGGCGGGGCGCCCUAG